AUGGAGCCCAGCAAUGUCCACAGAGUCUCGCUCUGCACCCGCCAUGCUGACCCCCUGGGAGCUUCUUUCUACCUCACCACGUUCGGCCAGCUGAAGCUGUCCAUUGAGGUGCAGGGCCGGCUCUUGGUGCUGCACGUCAUGGAAGCAAAAGGUCUGAUGGGCAAGGAGUGCCGGACAUGCGACUCCUAUGUGAAGAUGUCGAUUGUGCCAGACACUGACUGGAAAAGCAGGCAAAAGACGAAGACUGUGCCGGACAGCAAAAAUCCUGUCUUCCAUGAGCACUUUCUUUUCCCAGUGCAAGAGGAGGAUGAGCAGAAAUGUCUCCUGGUCACAGUCUGGAACCGAGAGAGGAAUUCCAGACAGAGCGAACUGAUCGGCUGCAUGAGCUUUGGUGUGAAGUCCCUCCUGACUCUGGACAAGGAGGUCAGCGGCUGGUACUACCUCCUUGGGGAGGACCUGGGCAGAACCAAGCACCUGAAGGUGGCCAUGCAGCGGCUGAAGCAGAGCAGAGCAAGCGAGAGACCCCUUGCCCGUGGGGUUCGCAGAGUGGCAGCGUUCACCGUGAUGGUCUGCGACCACUUGUACAAGUGCCGUGUGUGUGUUUGCAAAGGCUGUGGCACAGCGCAUGGCGACUCCGGUGUCUGUCUCCAGAUUACAAUCCCUCGAGGAAGUGAUGGGUUUGGCUUCACAAUCUGCUGCGACUCCCCAGUCCGUGUGCAGGCAGUGGACUCUGGUGGCCCAGCAGAAAAGGCCGGUCUGCAGCAGCUUGACACAGUGCUGCAGCUGAAUGAGCAGCCCGUGGAGCACUGGAAAUGUGUGGAGCUGGCACACGAAAUCCGGAACUGUCCCACUGAGAUCAUACUGCUGGUCUGGAGGCUUGUCCCACAGGUCAAGUCAGGACCCGAAGGCAUGACCCGCCGGUCGUCCUGCAAGUCUGCUUAUGACCUCCAAUCACCACCCAACAAGCGGGAAAAGAACAGCACCAUGCCCCCAUGGCCCGAGCAGCGCCGGAGCUGCCACAUACUGUAUGACGGGAGUGAUGGGCUGAUGCUUAACGGCUGGGAGAGGUACACGGAGAUAGGCAAGCGGAGCCAGAACACCAUGCCGCCCCUGUCUCGGGUCCCCUCCUCUGCAGACCAGAACUACAUCAUCUUAGCACCCUUGAACCCAGGGAGCCAGCUGCUGAGGCCUGUCUAUCAAGAGAACAACACUACUGUGG